UGGUCCUGGUGCAUAAAUUUCAUUUCCUUUACCUGCUUUGGAUUCUUGGAAAUUGAUUGAAUCAUGGGUGUUGCCAUUUGAAAACUAUCUGGAGCUCGAAAUCGCGCAGUCAUUUCAGGCAUCGGAGGAGUCUGCGAUGGAGGUAGAGUGGAUUUUGCUAUGCCAUGGGAUGGUGACUCUGGCACUGGUGGUCUCCUUACUCUGCGGUCAAUGGCCCAUCUUCCAGGGCACCAUCGUCGAACGGCUACACUACUUCCUUACGUUCGGCGCCUACGAUUACUUCCUGCGUUUCGUUCGGGCAGUUUUUUGCUCUAAGUGUACGGAUGCGAUUCUUUCUGUGGAAUAUUACUGCUGCAAUCGGCCCAAUCCAAUCCUGCAGAUCCUAUAUCUUGUGAUAAUCAGCAUAACAUAUUAUUUAAUCGUAAAGUUUUCCUUUCCCUAUAUUCCUAGCUACUAUUUAAGUGGAAUUCACAGGUACGCAAGCUUGCUGGCAGUUGCGGUUGGAGUUCUGCUCUUUCUAUUGACCAGCUUUUCUGAUCCAGGAAUAAUAAACGUUGGCAAUGUUUCUCAGCAUCUUUCUUCCUACCCAUAUGAUAAUAUGAUUUAUUCAGAGAAAGAGUGUCCAACGUGCAAAAUUCCAAAACCUGCUAGGUCCAAGCACUGCAGCAUUUGUGACCGUUGUGUGGCACGCUUUGACCAUCACUGUGGAUGGAUGGUUCAUAAUCUAACAAACAAUUGCAUUGGGGAGAGAAAUACUCGGUAUUUCAUGGCUUUUCUUUUCUGGCAUUUCCUACUAUGCCUGUAUGGAACAGUUGCCAUUGGUCUGAUUGUUGCGGGGAAACUACAAGAACUGAGAAUUGUACAUAUUCUAACAGUUUAUUAUGGAGUGGAGAAAUCUUUUCUGGGUUUAGCUCCUCAUAUUGCACAGUGGUUGCUGGGAUCCUACGACACUCAAAUACUUAUUAUGGUGUUCCUCUCUAUCGUCGGAAUGCUACUGUUUGGUUUUUUUGGUUACCAUGCAAAGCUCUGCCUCAGCAACACUACCACUAACGAGACCUUUAAAUGGCAAGAGUGCAUUAGUCGGCAGAGGAAGCUAAAUGAAGCAGAUUCCUGUGAUGCAUUCCCAAGAGCAAGUACGAGUGGUACGAGCAAAUGGGAAGCCUUUUUCCGAAGAUCAUCUCCUGAUGAAGUGGAUGUUCCGAAGAAUAAUAUUUAUGACAGAGGAUUCAUUCACAAUGUGCAGGAAGUUAUUUUCCCCCAUUCUACAAGACGGUCAUUUAUUGGAACUAAAUCCAAGCCUGGCUAAGACGUAAUCGAUCUUAACAUGCGUCUUGUGACACAUUAAAUUAUUAAAAUUCUUAUUCGCUUGUAGUUAUAGAUUUAUAAUUGUCCCGAAGGUUGUAGUAUUUAUGUAUGAGUAAUAAAUUCUUGGUAAAAUUUUGUAAUGUUAAAUUAGUAAAAGCAUAACUUACAGUAGCCGUAUGACAUCUCAACUGUCAUUAAUAUUUAGCCCAUUUUGAUUUGAUUAUUUGUCAGUA